GAUCAAUUAGGUUCAAUUAAUGAAGGGUUGAGGCUUCGGUCCGCAUGGUUCGGACCAAUUGAGAGAUGGCGCGGCAGACAAAGAUGUCGUUGCUUGGCGCCGGUGGUCGCAGUCGUUACAUUGACAGUGACAGUGAAACUUCAUCUCUUAUCAUCGCGAGCGAUCUUAUGCUUCGUAGACAGUGUCUGUUCGAUCAGGUUUGAACUGGAUUUACACACGACAUUCCAGCUUAACAAAGCACGAAACAAAAGCGGCUUAGCGAUGAAAGUGUGCUAAUUUGGUAGGAUUAGCGAAUGGUCAUUACGUUUGGUCACAUUUUCUACGGUUUAUUUACGUCACGAUGAUGAAUAUGUCAAAAAUACCGAGAAAUAUCUCUCAUUAUGGGGGCACUUAGCGAGUUCCACUCGUGUAGUCAGCUUGUAAUUACGAGUUCUCCUAACAAUUAAUUAAUAAUAUUCUUCAAAUAUCAACCGAAAGUGUAGCAUUACAUAACACACACAGCUGGCCAAUUAGUGAACGGGAUUUAUUCCGGCGGAGAUGAGUGUCAUUUGUGUUGAACAUUACCGUUUAUUUGAACACCAGCAACAGUAUUAGACAGCUGCAGCAAUGAACCCAACACAGUACAGCCAGGAUCCCAGCAUCCAUCAGCUCCGGCGGCUACCGAAUCCGGUCAGCAGAGCGAAUCCAAUCGCUUGGUUCACAUUCUGGUGGCUGAAGGAAUUAUUCCAAACUGGACUUAAACGACCCAUUGAAGAGUCCGACAUUUACGAAACAUUAUCGUUGCACCAGAGCGAGCAACUGUCCUACCAGUUCGAAAAUCACUGGAAGCAAGAGCUGAAGAAGGAGCGCCCUAGUUUUCUUCGGGUUAUAUGCGGCAUCUUCGGUUGGACGAUGGUUUCUCGUGGUUUGCUCUAUACUAGUGUGGACUCGUUCUCUAGAAUUUUUCAACCCUUAUGCCUCGGAGGAUUGGUGUCCUACUUUGCACCCGGACAGACCACCAUUAGCCGGACGGAAGCGUACUAUUAUGCCACGGGAAUCGUUCUGUGCUCGCUGGUGCCGGUCGUCAUUUUUCAUCACUUCAUACUGUACAUCUACCAGAUCGGAAUGAAAAUUCGUGUUGCGUGCUGUUCGUUGCUCUACAAAAAGGCCUUGCGGAUCACAAAGGCAGCCGGCACGGACGGCCUCACCGGGCAGGUGAUCAAUUUGAUGUCCAAUGAUGUCGCCAAAUUUGACACAGCUGCCAGCUUUGUGCACGACACCUGGAAGGGACCAAUAGAGCUGGUGGUGUUUGGCUACCUUAUCUACCGGCAGAUUGGUGCCCCCGGACUGAUUGGGGUGGCGUUCCUGCUCAGUUUCAUUCCGUUGCAGGCAUGGGUCGGCAAGAAGGCGGCUUCCUUCCGGCUGAAAACGGCCACCCGUACGGACCGGCGGGUGCGCUUCAUGAACGAAAUCAUCCAGGGCAUACAGGUGAUUAAGAUGUACGCCUGGGAGCACAGCUUCAUCCGCAUGGUGGACGCGAUUCGCCGCAAGGAGAUCGCCGGCAUCCGGGGCACGCUGUUCAUACGGGCCGGUCUGCUAUCGUUUAAUCUCGUAUCGAGACUGUCGAUUUUUCUCAGUCUGGUCGGUUACUGCUACUCGGGGAACGUUUUCACCGCCAAGCAGGUCUUCAUCGUGACGUCCUACUUCAACCUGCUGUACAGCUCGAUGCUACACUUUUGGCCUUUGUCGUUGACUUCCGUGGCCGAAGGGUUGAUCUCGAUACGGCGCAUACAAGAGUUUCUGCUGCUGCCGGAAAAGAAGAUACAGGAAACGCCACUGGAGCGGGCAACUGUUAAUGGACACUCAACGGUGGUGACCGGGGAGGAGAGUGAAAUCAAACUGAUGGAAAAUGUCAAGAUGGCUAACGGCGACAGUGCGAUAAAACCAGUGCCGACAGAAAAGGUUGCCAGUAAGCGGUUUGUCAACAAGAAGGGAUCCGCGAGGAGGGGAAUUUUCAUGCGGGAUGGCACGGCUAGCUGGAGUAAAGCGGGGAACGGAAAGUUGACGAAUGGAAUUCGAGAUUUUAAUCUCUCGGUGGAAAAAUCGAAACUGUGUGCCAUUGUGGGUCCUGUUGGUAGCGGUAAAUCUACACUGCUGCAGGUUUUUCUGGGGGAGUUGGAACUGGAUGAGGGACGGUUGGAAAUCAGUGGUGACAUCAGCUAUGCCUCUCAAGAACCGUGGCUUUUCGAGGGAUCGGUAAAAAACAAUAUUGUGUUCAUAGAAAACUUCAACGAGAAACGAUACCGUGAGGUGGUGAAAGUUUGUGCGUUGGAAAGAGACUUCCAGCUACUUCCGCAGGGUGAUGAAACUAUCGUUGGUGAACGGGGAAUUAGCUUGAGUGGCGGUCAGAGAGCUCGAAUCAGCUUGGCGAGGGCGGUCUACAGAAGAGCAGAUAUCUAUCUGCUGGAUGAUCCUCUGUCCGCCGUCGAUACCCACGUGGGAAGUCAUAUUUUUGAACAAUGCAUACAGGAUUAUCUUAAGGACAAGGUUUGCGUGCUGGUAACGCACCAGCUUCAGUACCUAGAGGACGUCGAGCACAUCGUGCUAAUGAAUGCAGGACUGGCGGAAGCUCAGGGACCGUACCGCAGCUUGGAAGCGGCCAACACGUUCCCCAUGCUGGCUGCCAUAGAGCAGGAACUGCUCGCUCAGCAGGAGAGACAACUGGCGGAUCUGGUGGACCCGGAAGGCGAGCAAGAGCGCCAGCAGCUACGAAAGCCUUUAAUCAGAAACUCCGCUACCGUACCGCGGUUCCACAUCGACAAAUUCUACCAAUCGCCGGCUGCCCAGUCGUCGCCCGUCAUACCACCCGCCUACCGGAUGGCCCACUCGAAUCAAUCCCUCUACCAUCCGUCCCCGUUCUCGUCCUGCAGCCUGGUUUUUGACGGCUUCGAUGACGAGCAGGAAAUGGCCGGACGUCGACGGCGCCCGAAAGCAAAACGUCAAAAAGCUGCCAGUUCCGGUUCGCAGCGACAACAGCAGCUGGAAGAGUGCAAUCACUUGGACGUAGAAGAAGGUGCUGACGAGGGUGGCAAUAGCGGAGGUGCUGGAGGUGUUAAUAAGGAAUCUCAAAUUACCGGCACCGUUGGGUUUUCGGUGUAUAGAAGCUAUUUCGCGUCGGUCGAAAGCGUGGUUCUGCUCGUCGUAGUCGCAGCCCUUUUCCUGCUGGCGCAGGGAACCAUGAGCGGUAUCGAUUACUUCAUUUCACAGUGGGUAAAUCGAGAGGAAUUUCUUGGACGAAACGAAACCAUCGGCAACUCAUCUGCGUCGGAAGGUCACUCCAAACUAGAGGGAACCAUCUUUGCGAGUCUCAGUCGGGAGCAGUAUUUGAUGAUUUAUUCCGGCGCGAUGGCGGUUAUGCUGUGCCUCUCACUGAAUCGUUCGUUUUCCUUUUUCUACCUUUGCCUGCGGGCAUCGAUUCGACUGCAUGACCAACUGUUUCGCGGAAUAACUCGUGCUACGAUGUACUUCUUCAACACGAAUCCGUCCGGAAGGAUACUGAAUCGCUUUUCCCGGGAUAUCGGCUGCAUCGACAUUUUUCUCCCGUCAGCGAUGAUGGAUUGCAUUCUGUUUUUCUUGGAGUUCACAGCCAUCAUCAGUCUGGUGGCCAUCGUCAACUAUUGGCUACUGCUUCCGACGGCCAUCAUGGGCGUCAUGUUCUACGGACUCCGACAUGUUUACACGAACACGGCUCGAAGCAUCAAGCGCGUGGAAGCUCUCACACGUAGUCCGAUAUUUUCACACGCCAACGCCUCCUUCCAGGGUCUUACGACUAUUCGCGCGUUCGGGGCGGAGAAAAUUUUGGCCAACGAGUUCGACCAACACCAGGACCUGAACACGUCGGCCUGGUAUCUGUUUCUGGCGACCACACGAGCCUUUGCGCUGUGGCUGGAGCUGGUUUGCGUGCUGUACAUUGCGGCUGUCACUUUCAGCUUCCUGACUAUGGAAAAUACAAUGAGUGGUAAUGUUGGUCUCGCCAUCACCCAAGUGUUCAAUCUGAUUUUUAUGUGCCAGUGGGGAAUGCGUCAAACGGCGGAAUUGGAGAACCAGAUGACUUCGGUGGAGCGUGUAGUGGAAUAUGCGGAAGUCGAGUCAGAACCACCGCUGGAAACGUUGGAUCCUCUAAAGAAACCAGCCCAAGAUUGGCCUGCCGAUGGCAGGAUUAAAUUCGAAUACUUUUCCCUUCGUUACUCGCAUGACAGUGAUCCGGUACUGAAGGAUCUGAACUUGGCAAUCGAAGCAAGGGAGAAGAUCGGCAUUGUAGGACGCACGGGAGCCGGGAAAUCAUCAAUCAUACAGGCACUGUUCCGCCUGGCCUUCAACGAUGGUUUAAUCAAAGUGGACGGCGUUGAUAUCGGUGGGCUGGGGUUGCACGAUUUGCGAAAGAAAGUAUCUAUUAUUCCACAGGAUCCGGUGCUGUUUUCUGGUCGGGUACGGGAGAAUCUGGACCCGUUCGAGCAGCAUAAAGACGAGGAGCUGUGGCGGGCGCUCGAGCAGGUCGAGCUCGGGCAAGCGGUCCAGCGUAUGGAAGGUGGCUUGGACGCGAAAAUGUCCGACGGAGGUUCAAACUUCAGUAUGGGCCAGCGCCAGUUGGUUUGUUUGGCGAGAGCGAUUCUUCGGAACAACAAGAUUCUGAUACUGGAUGAAGCUACCGCCAAUGUCGAUCCGGAAACGGACAAACUAAUUCAGCGGACAAUCCGAGAACAGUUCAGCGGAUGUACCGUACUGACGAUUGCGCAUCGAUUGCACACGGUCAUGGACAGCGAUCGGGUUCUGGUGAUGGAUGCCGGCCGGGCAGUGGAAUUUGGCCAUCCGCACGAGCUGCUACGACAGUCCAACGGGUUCUUGCGAAGUCUGGUCAACCAAACCGGCGAAGCGACGGCUGCUCAGCUUACGGCUGUGGCAGAGAAAAACUUCCGCAAACGAUGCACCGCUGAUAGCUAGGAGCUUGCAAUAAUCGAAUACCCAAAACACAUGUUCAUACCAAAGAAUUGACAGGACAGACAGGGAAACCUAGAGCGUUUUGAUUUACUACUUAUCUUCACGUGUACUUAGGCUAUAUAAAGAGAGCUUUUAGAUGUAGAUUAAGUGAUCAGUUCCAGAUCCAAACAUUCCACGGCUCGAUUGGAAUUGCACACGAGUUUGACAGCAAUAAAUUUGUUCGUAUUUCGCUGAGAA